UUUAAAAUAUUGUAGCAAGCAGGCACACUACCGUAACAUACACACAGUGAUUGUACAUACAGUCCUAGAUAUACAUACUCUUAGUUUUAAGUACAAUUUUACGCUAAUGUUAAGAUCGUGCUUACGGACACUACUUUGUGCGUCCCGUUCGCACGAUCAGCAACUGACACACCAAUACAUACAUGUAAUAGGCUAAGAAGGAACGGAACGAAGAAAUAAAGAACACUUCGUUUGUGACAAGAAGAGAGAACGGCCGCAUUUGAAUCGCCUCCUACAAAUUCAGAAGUGGGAUUACUGUGAAUUUUUUUUUUUUUUUUUCACAAAAAACUCAACCUACGAAGCAAAGUAAAAACAAUAUCUUUAAAUAUAAUCAAAUGGAAACCAUCGGUGCGGACGAUUAUACAGCAGCAGAACUGCGCAAUUGGUGUGAAAAGCUCAGCAUGCAGAAAAGCGGUAACAAGGCCACGCUUGCGGCGCGAUUGAACGGUGUGCCCCCAGAAGCCCGAGGAGUUUGCCCGGUGAUUGGCGAAUUAGAAGGCGAAAUCGCUAACAAUGAUUUGGAGCACGAAAUCGUCGGAGAGUCAGCACCAGAGGUCGACAUGGAAAGCCCAAGGAGCAUGAUCGAGGACGCCGCCGCUGGAGUGGUGCCGCCAAGCAGCGAACACUGCACCAAUGCUGAAAGCAUGAAUGUUCAUGACGACGCCAGGCCCUCAACAUCUACCAAUCAUCGCGAUUCGGAGUUGGCACGCGAGGAACAUUUUCCAGAAGUUUCUACGCAGUUCGACGCCAUGCAGCGUCAACUAAGGCUGCUCCAAUUGGAAAACGAAAUGUUGAAAUUGGAAUCUGCUCGACGCCAUAACGCUGCCACAUCGGAUCAAAACAGCGCUGCCACAUCGGGUCAUAACAAGGCUACCCCACUAAUUCGAAGCAGUGUUGCCAAACCAAAUCAACACAAGGAUGCCACUCAAGAUCAAGAAGUCGCUGGCGGAGAUGCCAGAUCGGAGGAAGCAUUUGUAAAUAAACAAACAUUGCUAGCAAUGGCCAAGGAAAUGAUUCCGAUAUUCGACGGUGCUUCUAACAACAAACUCAAUGUUAGCACAUGGGUCGCCCAGCUCAACGCGGUCUCAAAAAUGUUUAAGCUAAGCGACGAUGUAAUUCGCAUGCUAGUGAUGUCCAAAUUAAAGGACCAUGCUCAAAUUUGGUUGCACUCUUCGGAACGUUUGCUGACUUUGCCGGUUCAAGAACUUCUAUUUCAACUUGGUGAAGCUUUCCACGGUAAGGAGAGCAAAAUAAUAUCUCGACGCAAGUUUCAAGAGCGCAAGUGGAAACCGUCGGAAGAUUUCUCCACAUACUUCAAAGAAAAAACGCUGUUGGCUACACAGAUUCGAAUAGACGAUGAGGAGCUAAUCGACAACAUCAUUGAAGGGAUUCCCGACUCCCUUCUACGACAACAGGCACACAUGCACUGUUUUAAUUCGUCUGCGCAGAUGUUGCACGCAUUUGCCAAGGUCUCGUUACGUAAACCGCUACUUUCUCCGGCUGGACGUGUUAAGGUUUCGUUCGAUAAGGAACCUGGUUCGGCGCCUCCAAAAAGGUGCUUCAAUUGCAAUGCUGUUGGGCAUUUCGCCGCCGACUGCCGCAAGCCCAAGCGCGAGUAUGGAGCCUGCUACGCAUGUGGCAGUAAGGAUCAUCUGGUGUACAACUGCACUGAGAGGAAGUUCGUAUCCGACAACGAAUAUAAUGCCUAAUCGAUUCUGGAAGUCCAAUUAGUUUCAUAAAGAAGUCAUACGUCGAAAAAAUUUUGAAAAAGGAAGAUAUUACGUUAAAUGGAAAGAUUCUUAAAAAUUAUUUUGGCUUAAACGGUAGCCCUUUAGAUAUAAUUGGAAAAAUAUCAUGUUUCGUUAUUAUCAAUAAAGAAAUUCUAAAUUUUGAGUUACUAA